GCACAUCGUUUACCUGCUAUCAUAUAACCAUAUAUUACAUUUAUUCAAUAGAUUCAUAUCAUCUUGCUCGAUAUCGUCACCACGUCAUCAUAGCAACACCAUCUAAAUACCACCUCCACAUCGUAAAAAUGAUCACAAAGAUGAUUACCGACGGUAGAUUUACCAAUAGUAGCUUUCUACCAGGCACCACCUCCUCGACUACUAUCUGUAUACCUCCAGCACUCUCACCAUCCUAUCCGACUCAACUCACUCAACCACUCUACUCUUCCGCACUCACACCCCCCACCCAACACGACAGAAUACACAGCCGAUCCUUCCUCCCCAACCAAACAACGCACUUAACCUCCACACUCAAAGAUCACUUCGACACACCAACAAAAGUCACAUUCUACACCCUAUUCUUCAUCAUCUGUAUCGGUGUACUCACCACCCUCGCCUACAUCUUCAGCUACAUGUGCAAACGAUUCGUGACGAAGCUUCAGAAGCGAUAUGAACACGAAUCAUAUGGAGAACUUCAACGAUUGGUGUCGCGAAGAAUGGUACCUGGUUAUCUUACUUUUGGUGGGAUUCCUUCGUGUGAUGCUGGGGGGGAUGGAAGACCUGUUUCUAAGACUAGGAGUAUGGAGAAUGUGGAACAUUCCAAGGCUGCCAAAGCUACCAAAGCUGCCAGAGCUGCCAGAGCUGCCAAGACGACUAAUGCUACCAAAGCCACCAAAACUACCAAAACUGCCAAAGCCACCAACGAUCCCAACAACGAAUCCGAGUGGGAAAGCGCCCUUCCCAUCCCCAACCCCCGCAAAAUAGGCUGGGCCAACCCCCCGCGACCCAUCCGCCGCCCACCCACCACCAAAAAACCCAGCACCCUCCGCUUUGCAGUCUCUCCACCCCGCGCCCCCCGCCCCAAUCUCUCCAAUCAACCCAAUCCUCCCAAUCCCUCGCACCCACAGAAAAGACUCCUCAGUCCCCCUCUCUCUCCCUCCUUCCUAACAAUCUCCAACGCAACCCGUGCACCCAUGCCGAUCCCCGGCCAAGAACCAUCAUCGUGGGACGCUGGGACACCCUGGGUGACAGCUGCCGACGGACUUCCGAUUCUUCGGGAUGAGGGAAAAUUAGAGAGGGCGAUGAGUCCGAAUGCUGCGGAGUGGGGAGAUAUCGAUCGGUUGAUGAGGCGUCAGGGAGAACAAUAUGCGAGGGAUAAGAAGAUUUUGGAUGCUGCGAGGAGAAGGGAGGGAUGUAGCGGUAUGUAGACCGGGUCGAGACGUUUUUGUGCUUACUAGUCUGUUGAAACAAAGAAAGGGAAUACUGCAAGAUAGAGAACUUAAGAAGAAAAAGUAAGGGCAUAUAAACAAAAGGAUUGAAAGUUCGCGAUUGUAAAUUCUCGCAUGUUAGAAAAAGUAGGGCAUAAGCAUCAUGGAUGAAAGAAUUAGGAAGCGGCAUUCACAAAAGUUUAAUAUACA